UACCAACGGCAUGUCGUGGAUAAAUAAACAAAAUAAACAAAAUGUUCGGGUGAUCUGCGGAGAAAUCAGCCUCGGCGCCCUCCCUCCUCGUCUCUAGCGAAAACAGCAGGAAAAAAUGGCUUCGUCCUCAACUAUUUUGAGAACUGAAAUCCUCUCUCUGUACCGCUCUCUUCUACGCACAGCUCGCCAAUUCUGCGACUACAGCAUCAGAGAAUACACGAAGCGCCGCGCUGUCGACGCCUUUCGUGAAAACCGGAACCUAUCAGACCCUUCUUCAAUCUCCGCCGCUUUCUCCGAUGGAAAGGAUCAGCUCGACGUCGCUCAACGACAGGCCAUCGUCUACUUUUUCUACGCCCCCAAAACCAAGAGCGUCAUGGAGACCAGUUCCUAUUCUUCUUCUUCUUGAAAGAAAAAGCACCUUCGUGUUCAAGAUGAUGAUGGGUAAUUUUAUUUAUCUUGAUUUUAAUUUGUAAUAGCUGAUAUUGUAUUUCGUGGUACUAGCAAGUCUAGUCUGAAAAGUGAGUUUUGAUAUCGUAUGAGAACUGAAUUCUUUCUUCUUUGGAACAAUUGAUCCGGAUUUUAAUUUACUACUUUUAGUUGCUUAUUUCAACUUAUAA